AUGAUGCUUUUCUUUGCCACUAUCUCGUUUGCUGCCCUUGCUACGGCAUUGCCUGCCAGUGUUCAAAUCCAACCAUGGAUACCAGCUGGGAUGUACGAUUCUCGAGGGCCGUGCCCGAUGCUAAACACUCUAGCAAACCACGGCUACUUGCCUCACAACGGGCGCAACCUCACGGCUGCGUCAAUCGAAAACGCUUUUACCAAGUUCCUAAACGUUGAGGCAGGAUUUGCGGCAGCCGUCAAGGAAUUUACUCACGCUUUCGGCAACAACGUGUUUAAUCUCGAUGAUCUCAAUGCGCCAGACAUUCUACAGCACAUCGCAUCCCUCACCCGAGAUGAUUACACAUCUCAUGAUCCACACAUCAGGCCAAAUUUGUAUCGAAUCGAGAGUCUCUUCGAUGAUAGCCCCUCAACGCAUAUCGAUAUCGACUCCAUUGCAAAGUCUCGGCUGCGUGUUCAGGCGGAAUCGCAUCCCAACACCCUUUCCAAGGCUAGAUUCGACGCAGCUCUCUUUGAAGCCGCAAUGGUACUGGUGAUGAUGUUGGAUCAUGCUCCCGAUGCUACCAGCAAUCCUCCUCUGUCGGCGUACCGAGCUCCCAAAGACCGUUUACGAACGUGGUUUGAGCAAGAGAGGUUUCCUAUCGAGCUCGGAUGGCAGCCAUCAAAGAGGCCAAUCAAGUUGGCAGAUCUGGAUCCUGCAAUCAAGGCAAUCACCGAGUCAAUGGAGCGACAGGAAAAAGAGCGUUCAAAGUCCCGCAUCGCGUUGAAGGUAGAUGUCGAAUAA